AACUAAACUUUAGCUAAAGAAGAAACCGUCAUUGUUGACAAGAGCUAAUAGCUUGUUAGCCAGCUAGGUAGCAACUUUGUUCAUGUGACUAAUCCGGUUUAGGAUAUGGCAAAUUCAGUUUGGCAUCUGUCACUGAAACUUCACGACAGACCAAAGGCAGUGUUUCACUUCCCGGAGACAGUCCCGGGGGAUGUUGAACCUGGUGGUUAUCGGGUGGCGACUCUAAAGCAACUAGUCUCCGCGCAGUUACCUGACUCCCUGCCAGACCCAGAGCUAAUAGAGCUGGUGCAUUGUGGGUGUAAGUUAAAAGAUGACUUGACGCUAGAUUCCUACGGGAUAAAGUCCGGAUCCACGCUGCAUAUCUUAAAGAAAGCGUGGCCAGAACCCGAGGUCAAGCCAGAACCAGUUAACAGAAGUGCCGCCGCAAGGGAGUUCCGGCUGCUGCAGGCCGCUAUGCACUCCAAUGCUGCCUACAGAGACGCAGUGUUUAAGAUGCUGGGCAAUAAAGAGUCUCUGGAUCAGAUCAUUGUUGCCUCACCAGGACUCAGAUCUGACCCUAUAGCAUUAGGUGUACUUCAAGAUAAAGAUCUGUUUGUGCAGUUUACAGAUCCAAAUCUGCUUGAUGUGUUGAUCCGUUCUCAUCCGGCAUUAGUCAAUGCCAUCAUUCUGAUCCUGCACUCUGUAACGAGCAGCAUGCCUGGCCAAUCAAGUGCAAACUCUUCUCGCAAUGCUUCUGCUAGUUCUUACAGUGAAAUGCCAGGAGGAUUUCUGUUUGAAGGCAUGUCUGAUGAAGAAGAAGAUUUCCAGUCUGGAGGUCGCGCAGGGGCAUCCAGACGCCAGCGGCUUCCAGCAGGCUCCAGGCCCAUGAGCCUGGGAAACAGCGGGGCAGCGGGCCCUCGGCCCAUCACCCAGAGUGAGCUAGCCACAGCCCUGGCACUGGCCAGCACGCCAGAGAGCGGCGCAGUCACACCCAUUCUGGGUAGCCAAGAUGUCUCCUCUGGUGGCUCAUCAGUGGCGGCAGGGACCCCUGUCACUUCCAAUCUGUUGAGCCAGGCACUACAACAGGCGCUGCAGGCCUCGGGGGUGGCCUCACUCCAGGGACGCUGGCAAACACAGAUGCAGCAGCUGAGAGACAUGGGCAUCCGGAAUGAAGAGCUGGCCGUACGUGCUCUCCAAGCUACGGAUGGAGACUUACAGGCAGCCCUGGAGCUGAUCUUUGCUGGAGGAGGAGGGCUCUGAGGAAUGUGAAGUCCUCAGCUUCAAUGAACUGUUAACUUGCAAACCAAGAACUUUGAAUAUUUCCAUGAUUUCUUUUUUUUCUUUUUCAGCUUUGUAAACUUAAUAAACAAAUAAUCAGAAAUAUA